AUGAGGGAUCAAGAGACGGAUAGGGAGGGAAUGGCCUAUCAAUCAUUGGUUGACCUUCCCUUGAACCAGUCACGGAGCUCUCAACUGAGUUGUUUAGGUUCUGGAAUUCCAUCUCUAGUUGGGGGUUUCGAUUCGAAAAAUGUGGUGCGGGUUCAUCUCUCUCGACCAGUUCAGGUUCAAGGGAGGGUGAUCGAGGGGACCCAUACUUUCGAUCUCUUCUCUAUGGCGGGAGCUUUCGUAUCAAGAGUGUGUUGGGGAGGCCAGGGAAGAUGGAUUGGAUCGAGAGGCGAUGCUUAUGCCUCUUCUUUAUCGAUAGGAUUCCCAUCAUUUUCAGUCUACGGCGAAGGAGACAAGGGCGAGGCACCGAACAUGUUCUACCCUCAACCUCCAUCCGUCAUUAGUAAUCUCAAUUCGCUUUUCCUAUUCACUAGUACACUGCGCGCUACAACUAGCAGCCCCUUUACUAGGUUGGGAAAAGGCUAG